CAGGGGUUGGCUACAUUCUAGAAUAUAAAACGAACAGAAACGCCCCACUCCACACACAGCCUGUCCUCUUCUUCUGUCAGUCUGUGUGAAGCCUCCGCCAAGUCAAGAUGCCAGCCUACGGACCCUCGAUGAUGGAGCAGCCCUCGGAGCGUUUCCUUUACGGAGACCCCGCGGACAUGAAGAAGCUGCGGUCGGCUCCUUACGACGCCAAGAAGAACUGCUGGGUUCCCGAUGCCCAGGAAGUCUUUAUCGAGGCCGAGAUCAAGGCCAAGAAGGGUGACCAGGUCACGGUCACCACCAGGACCGGCAAUACCAUCACCGUAAAGGCCAGCCAGAUCCAGGACAUGAACCCUCCCAAGUUCGCAUGCGCGGAGGACAUGGUGAACAUGACGUUCCUGAACGAGGCGUCCGUCAUCAACAAUCUGCGCACGCGCUACGUCAACACCCUGAUCUACACCUACUCCGGGCUGUUCUGCGUGGUGAUCAACCCGUUCAUGCGCCUGCCCAUCUACGGAGAGAACGUGGUGAAGAUCUACCGCGGCAAGAGGAAGCAGGAGGUCCCGCCUCAUCUCUUCUCCGUGGCCGACGGCGCUUACAUGAACAUGAGGGGCGAGAGGGUGUGCCAGUCCAUGUUGAUCACUGGUGAGUCCGGUGCCGGGAAGACUGAGAACACCAAGAAGGUCAUCGCCUACUUCGCGACUGUCGGUGCCAGCCAGACUGCCGGGGAAGCUGACCCUUCGGCCAAGAAGGUCACCCUGGAGGACCAGAUCGUGCAGACUAACCCCGUUCUGGAGGCCUUUGGUAACGCCAAGACCGUCAGGAACAACAACUCCUCCCGUUUCGGAAAAUUCAUCCGAAUCCAUUUCGACCAAAAGGGUAUCCUGGCCGGAGGCGACAUCGAGACUUAUCUUCUCGAGAAAUCUCGCGUGAUCGCACAACUUCCCGGAAUGGAGCGAGGCUACCAUAUUUUCUUUCAGCUCAUGUCGAACGGUAUCCCCGGCACUGUAGACCGUCUGCUGCUGAAGAAAGACCCGUCGUUCUACCGCUUCGUGAAGGAGGGAGUGUACGACGUGGCGGGCCUGGACGACGGGGAGGAGUUCCGCGCCACGGACGAGGCCUUCGACAUCCUGAACUUCGCCGCCGACGAGAAGGAGAACAUCUACAAGAUGUGCGCCGCCAUCCUGUGGUUCGGCAACAGCAGGUUCGCACAGAGGGGCGAGCAGGGAGAACUGGAGAGCAUUGAGGAGAUGCAGAAGGUCGGUCGUCUGUUUGGCAUCGACGCUGACGAGUUCGGUAACGCCAUCUGCAAACCGCGUGUGAAAGUCGGGGCGGAGUUCGUCACCAAAGGUCAGACUGCAGACCAGUGCAUGAACGCAGUGGGAGCACUGUCCAAGUCCGUGUACGAUAGGGUCUUUAGGUUCAUUGUCCAGAAGUGUAACCAGACCCUGGAGACGGACAAAGAGCGGGCGUACUUCAUCGGUGUGUUGGACAUCGCCGGCUUCGAGAUCUUCGAGUUAAACAGCUUCGAGCAGCUGUGUAUCAACUAUACCAACGAAAAGCUGCAGCAGUUCUUCAACCACCACAUGUUCGUACAAGAACAGGAGGAGUACAAGCAGGAACAGAUUGAGUGGGAGUUCGUGGACUUCGGCAUGGACUUGCAGGCUUGUUUGGAUCUUAUCGAGAAGAAAAUGGGCAUCCUGUCCAUGCUCGAGGAAGAGUGCGUCAUGCCCAAGGCCUCUGACAAGACGUAUCUGGACAAAAUGAACGGCCAACAUCUGGGCAAGAACCCCAAAUACGGCAAGCCGAAGCCAAGCAAGAAGAAGUACGAGGCCCACUUCGAGCUGGGUCACUACGCAGGGCCUGUCGGGUACAACGUCACAGCCUGGCUGGAGAAGAACAAGGACCCCGUCAACGAGACGGCCGUCAAGGUCUUCAAGGCGUCCAAGAACGCGCUGCUGAGCCACAUCUGGUCUGACUAUCUCACCGCAGAGGAGCAGGCUGAGCAAAAGGGCGGCAAGAAGAAGAAGGGAGGCUCCUUCAUGACCGUGUCUGCUGUGCACAGGGAACAACUGGAUCACCUGAUGCACACCUUGCACGAGACCUACCCGCACUUUGUGCGCUGCAUCAUCCCCAACGAGGUCAAAACCGGCGGCAUCAUCGACGGGCCUCUGGUCUACAACCAGCUGACGUGUAACGGUGUGCUGGAGGGCAUCCGUAUCUGCCAGAAGGGCUUCCCCAACAAGCAGAUCUUCUCCGAUUUGGUGGAGAGAUACCGAAUCCUGGCAGCGUCUGUCUUUGCGGAUGGCACCUUCAUUGAGGGAAAAGAGGCCUCCAGGCUGCUUCUUGAAGCCACGGGGCUCCCGAAAGCCUCAUAUGGCAUUGGUCUCACCAAAGUGUUCUUCAAGGCUGGAACUCUGGCCAAGCUUGAGGAGCUGCGUGAGGAUAAAAUCAACGCCACUAUCACCGGGAUACAGUCUGUUAUCCGCGGCAGGAAGCAGAGGCAAAUCUUCGAGAAGCUAUAUGCAGGAAGACAAGCCUGUGACAUCAUCCAGCGCAACAUCCGGUCGUUCUUCAAGCUGCGCCAUGACGGCUGGUACAAGAUGUACGGAGCCAUCAAGCCGCAGCUCACCGGCGCUAAGGCUGAGGAGAUGCUGGAGGUCAAGACCAAGGAACUGGAGGAAGCAUCCAAAGCUCUGGAGACCAAACGAAAGCAGAGGGAUGUCCUCGAGAAGCAGAUCAACGAUAUUCUUGCCGAAAAGGAAGAUAUCCAAAACCUGCUUUCUUCGGAAGGCUCUGUAGUCCGUGAAGCGGCGGAGGAGCGGGUUCGCAUCCUCGGUAAGGAGUUUAACGAACUCCAGAGCGAGCACAAGGAGCUGGAAGAGCACUGGGAGGACAUCAGCGAGAGCAGCAAGACCCUCCAGAUCGGCAGGGACAGGGCGCAGGCGGAAGUCGACAAAAUGAAGAAAAAGAUCGAGGACCUGGAACAGAAACUCUCCGAGCACGAGAAGAGCAAGCAGGGCGAGGAGGAGUCCCUGAGAGAGAAGGAGGACGUGGUCGCCAACAACCAGGACAAGAUCGCUCAUCUGCUGAAGGAGAAGAAGAGGCUGGAAGAGCUGAACGCACAAACACUUGACGACCUUGCCGCUGAAGAGGAGAAAGCCUCGCAGCUGUCCAAGCUUAAGAUCCGGCUGGAGCAGACUCUGGAUGACCUGGAGGACGACCUUGCGCACGAGAGACGCAUCGUCAUGGAGGUGGAGAAGGUCAAACUGCGCGUGACCAACGACCUGCAGAGGGUCCUGGAUGAUAUUCAGGAGACGGAGAACCUCAAGAUGGAGCUGGAGGAGAAAUUCAAAAAGAAGGAAUUUGAAUUGAAUGCAGCUCACUCUGCUACUGAGGAUGAAUCCGGCCAGGCAUCUGUGCUGACCAAGAAGUUUAAGGAGAUGCAGAGAAUAAUCAGCGAACUGGAGGAUGACAUGGAGGUGGAGAGAUCAGCACGUGUCAAGGCUGAGCGAGCUCGCGCCGAUCUACAACGUGAGCUGGACGACGUUGAGGGCAAACUGGAAGAAACAUCCGGGUUGUCCCAAAACGAGGCCGACAAGAACAAGCGGCGUGAACAGGACCUCCUUAAGAUACGGCGAGACCUGGAGGAGACCCUCGCGACUCAGGACGCUGAGGUGUCUCUGCUGCGGAAGAAGCACUCAGACGUGCUGGCGGAGAUGUCCGACCAGUUAGACGAUCUCCAGAAGGGCAAGAACAAGGCAGAAAAGGACAGGGACUCCCUGAGGAGGGAGGCGGAAGACCUGAACAUAACGUUCGAGGCGUUGUCUAAGCAGAAGCUUCAGUUGGAAAAGGCCAACAAACAUCUGGAGUCGACCUUCAUCAGCGUGACGGUGAAGAUCGAGGAGCACACUCACAUCAUCUCGGAGCUGCAGUCCUUCAAGACUCGUCUGACGGCCGAGAACGCCGAGCUGACCCGCCGCCUGGAGGAGUCGGAGUCCACCGUCAACGCUCUCAGGCGAAACGAGUCCAUCCUCAAAUCUCAGGUUGAGGAGGCUAAGCGCUCCCUGGACGAGGAGAUCAAGGCUAAGAACAACACGAUGGCUCAGCUGCGCUCGGUGCAGGCCGAGCUGCUCCGCUUCCAGGAGGCCAUCGAGGAGGAGCAGGAGAGCCGCGCGGGCAUGCAGAGGGAACUCUCCAAGCUCAACGCCGAGGUGCUCAUGUGGAAGAACAAGUACGAGAGCGAGGUUUCCGGCAAGAUGGAGGAGUCCGAGGAGAUCAAGCGGAAGAUGGCUCUCCGGUUGGCGGAGGCUGAGGAGGCUCUGGACGCGGCGAACGCGAGAUGCCUGAGUCUGGACAAGACUCGCAUGAGGCUGGCAGCAGAAGUGGAGGACUUCCAUGUUGAGGUGGAGAAGGCCCACACCCUUGCCUCUCAGCUGGAGAAGAAGCAGACCUUGGUGGACAGACAGAUCAUAGAGUGGAAGACGAAGAGUGAAGAGCUGUCCAUCACCCUGGAGAGGUCCCAGGUGGAGAGCCGCACGCACCAGGCAGAGAUGCUCAAGCUCAGGUCCAUGAUCGAGGAGAUCAGCGAGGCUAUUGAGAUCCAGAGGAAGGAGUCGAGGGUUCUUCACCAGGAUUGCUCGGACCUGCAGGACCAGCUGUCGGGCAGCGGCAGAGCGGUGUCCGAGACGGAGAAAGCCAAGCGCCGCCUGGAGGUGGAGCUGGAGGACCUGCGGAGCGCACUGGACGAGGCAGAGGGCGCUCUCGAGAUCGAGCAAGGAAAGGUUGUGAGGAUCCAACUGGAGCUGACUCAGCUGAAGUCUGACAUCGACCGGCGCCUUUCCGAGAAGGAGGAGGAGUUCGAGUCAACCAUAAAAAUGCACCAUCGCACAAUCGAGCAAAUGAACGAGCAAGUCGAUGUGGAGUCGAGGGGACGGGCCGAGGCUCUGCGUCAGAACAACGUGCUGAGCGGCCAGCUGGGUGAGCUCGAGAUCAACCUGGAGGGCGCCACCAGGGCCAACAACGACGCCAAAAAGCUGCUGGCGAAACUGCACACACAGCUGCAGGAGCUUCAGAUGACUCUGGACGAAACUUCGCGCAUGCGGUCGGACAUGCGUGACCAGGUGGGCUUGAAGGACCGGUACUGCAGCACCAUCCAGUCGGAGAUAGAGGAGGUCCGCAGGCUGCUGGAGGAUGCCGACCGGGCCAGAAAGCUUGCAGACGCCAGCCUGUCCGAGUCCCAUGACCGCGUGAGCGAACUGACCACCCAGACCUCGGGACUGGUCACCCAGAGGCGCAAACUCGAGGGUGAUCUGGACACGCUCAGGGCUGAGCUUGAAGAAUACAUCAACGAACUCCGCGUGACUGAAGAGAAGUCCAAGAGGGCUGUCAGCGACGCUGGGCGCAUGGCCGAAGAACUUCGCACAGAACAAGAUCAGAACCAACACAUGCUGAAGGUCAAGCACAACCUUGAGAUGACCUUCAAGGAUCUCCAGCAACAGCUUGAGGAGGCUGAGCAGUCCGCCCUGAAGGGCGGCAAACGUGCCUUGGCAAAGGUGGAGGAAAGGAUCCGUGAACUUGAGAUGCAGCUGUCAAUCAUCCAGAAGCAGCACCAGGACGACGUCAAGGCUCUGCGGAAGAACGACCGCUCCUUGAAGGAGUUCGCUGCACAGGAUGAUGAGAACAAGAAGAACCAGAUCCGCCUUCAGGACUUGAUCGAGAAGCUUCAGAGCAAGAUCAAGAUGUACAAACGCCAGGUGGAGGAGGCGGAGAGCAGUGCGGGCCAGAGCCUGUCCAAGUACCGGCACGCCCAGCACGAGCUGGAGGACGCGGUGGAGCGGAUGGAGAUGGCGGAGGCCUCGCUGAACAAGAUGCGCUCCCGCACCACCGAGACCCACGUGGUCACCAGGCGUCAUGUUGGCUCCGGCGUGCGUUCCGCCGCACCCUCUGCCCACUUCAGCGGCGGCCACUCCGCCCAUUACACCAGCGGCGGCGGCGGUGGGGCACAUUACACCAGUGGCGGUGGGGCACAUCUGUCCAUCGGUGGCGGAAGCUCCAGCUCCACCCACACCUCCCGCCAAGUGUACGGGGAUGAGGGAGCUGGUGGCACCACCGUGGUGAGGCGCACCGUCACCCGCACCACCCGCCGGGUUGUCACCUCCAGCGAUGAGGACUAAGCCGUUACAGUCUGCUGGUCACCGACGAAAACUCUCCGAAACAUGGACUGAUUGACACUGGACUCCUCUUUACCUUCUCCGCGCAUGAAAUGCUUGCUUGCGUAUUCGUAAAUGAUGCUUUUACAGUAGUUUGAACGUUGUAACAGCAAUAAAAUGAACGAUGAUGUUCA